UCGCUAUAUUUUGUGUGAAGCGCUCUACCGAAGAUGCCAAAAGAACAGUUUCGCGAAGCAGAUGUAAUCAAAAAAAUAUCCCAUGUAUCUUUCAACAUCGAUAGCGCGCAACAGAUACAACAAGAAGCUCACCUUCAUGUCGUAGCUAAAAACCUGUAUAAUCAAAAUGCCGAGCGCACUCCGGUGGCGUAUGGCGUGUUAGAUAGGCGAAUGGGUGUUAGUCAAAAGGAUGCUACUUGUGAGACAUGCAAAAAAGGUCUAAACGAUUGCGUGGGACACUUCGGAUAUAUCGAUUUAGCCUUACCGGUGUUUCACGUUGGUCAUUUUCGAGCCACUAUUACCAUUCUGCAGUCUAUUUGCAAAGUAUGCUCUCGGGUCAUGCUAAAAGAGGAGGAAAAGAAGCAGUUCAGCGCUCGAUUGGUGAAUCCAAACCUGUCUUAUCUAGCAAAAAAGUCCAUUCAUAGCCAGGUGUUGAAGAAAGCAAAGAAAAAUACUAAAUGCCCGUUCUGCAAUACUUUGAAUGGACCUGUGAAAAAGGGGCCUGGCUUAAUGAAAAUUGUCCACGAACCGUUUCGAGGGAAAAAACCAACCGACCCGUUGGUAACGAGCGCGCUUCAUGAAAUGCAGUCAGCAAUUGAAUUGAAUCGGGAACUUUCACAAACAGUCGUCGGCCCGUUGUCAUUAUGCAAGGAACUGAAUCCCGUUGAAGUAUUGGAUUUGUUCAGAAAUAUUCCAAAAUGCGAUGUACCGCUGCUUGGCAUGACCUCUACACAAUCAAAUCCCGCCGAUCUCAUUGUAACAAGGGUGUUUGUUCCACCGGUUUGCAUUAGACCGUCUGUUGUGUCGGAAGUAAAGGCUGGUACCACUGAGGAUGAUUUAACGAUGAAACAGAGCGAGAUAUUGCUCAUCAGUGAUGUUAUAGCCAAACACAUGAUGACUGGAGGAAAAAUUGAGCUAAUCCAAGAAGAUUGGGAUUAUUUACAAUUACAUUGUGCGUUAUACUUCAACAGUGAGCUGUCUGGUAUACCACUUUCGCUAAUGCCUAAAAAACCUACACGUGGAAUAGUGCAGCGGUUAAAGGGUAAACAGGGUCGCUUUCGAGGAAAUCUGUCUGGCAAGCGAGUCGAUUUCUCAGCUCGAACCGUAAUAUCGCCUGAUCCGAACCUCAUGAUUCAUCAAGUUGGAGUUCCAGAUAGAGUGGCUAAAAUUCUUACAUUUCCAGAAAAAGUCAACACGGCCAAUAUUAAUCGCAUGCGACAACUGAUCCGCAAUGGCACCGAAAAACACCCUGGAGCUAAUUACGUCCAGCAGAAAGGGAGUGCCUUUAAAAAGUACCUCGCGUACGGGAACCGUGAUAAAGUAGCUCAAGAUCUAAAGUGUGGUGAUAUCGUCGAGCGUCACCUGAUGGACGGUGACGUUGUACUAUUCAAUCGGCAACCUAGCCUGCACAAACUCAGUAUAAUGUGUCACGUUGCAAAAGUCCAACCACAACGAACGUUUCGUUUCAAUGAAUGUGCAUGUACGCCUUACAACGCCGACUUUGACGGUGACGAAAUGAACUUGCAUCUUCCGCAGACGGAAGAAGCACGUGCUGAAGCCCUCGUGCUUAUGGGUAACAAGUCAAAUUUGGUAACACCACGAAACGGGGAGCUACUAAUUGCGGCUACUCAAGACUUUAUUACUGGAGGAUACCUGCUAACACAGAAGGAUCAGUUCCUUACGCGCGAACAAGUGAUGCAAUUGGCCGCUUGUAUGCUUUCUGGGCCAGAUGCAAACAUGAUGAUCGAGCUACCAAGGCCCGCGAUCCUAAAACCCCGAAAACUGUGGACUGGUAAGCAGAUCUUCAGCCUGAUUCUGAAACCUAACCGUCUCUCGUGCGUGAAUGCAAACUUAUCCACUAAGGGACGCAACUAUACAAGGGACAUGGAUAUGUGUGUCAAGGAUUCGUGGGUAAUCGUUAGAAAUUCGCAGCUUCUGUGCGGUGCGAUGGAUAAAGGAACACUUGGAUCUGGUACAAAAAGCUGCAUAUUUUACACGAUUUUGCGUGACUUUGGAGAGGACUACGCUAUACGAUCCAUGUGGCGUCUGGCACGCAUGGCUUCGUACUUUAUGAUGAACCAUGGGUUUUCGUUUGGAAUCGGCGAUGUAACCCCAAGCCGGAGAUUGCUGGAGGAAAAACAAAAACUGCUGGAGAAUGGCUAUCGCAGAUGUGACGAGUAUAUUGCGGAAAUGAAGAAGGGAACGUUGCAAUGUCAACCUGGUUGCACUGCCGAGCAAACGCUCGAGGCAGUCAUGCUGAAGGAGCUGUCCAGUAUUCGAGAGCUGGCUGCAAAGGCAUGUUUUAGAGAGCUACAUCCUACGAACAGUGCGCUAAUUAUGGCCCAGUCGGGAUCCAAAGGAUCAAACAUCAAUAUUUCUCAAAUGAUCGCUUGUGUCGGACAGCAAGCUAUCAACGGUAAACGAGUGCCGAACGGAUUCGAAGAUCGAGCAUUACCACAUUUUGAAAAGUUUUCUAAAAUUCCGGCUGCGCGUGGUUUCGUACAAAACAGCUUUUAUUCCGGUCUAACUCCGACAGAAUUCUUUUUCCACACCAUGGCCGGACGAGAGGGGCUCGUUGAUACUGCAGUCAAAACAGCCGAAACGGGCUACCUGCAGCGUCGUUUGGUAAAAUGUUUGGAGGAUCUGGUGGUGCAGUACGACGGGACGGUCCGGAAUGCUAUCGGAGAAGUGGUUGAAAUUACGUACGGAGCCGAUGGAUUAGAUCCAGUUUAUAUGGAGGUUAAAAACAAACCGGUAGACGUCGAGCGGCAAUUCAUGCACGUGCGAAAUUUGUUUCGAUCUCGCGAUGAGAAACCGUUGUGGGGUGAGGAUGUGCUAAGCGCAGGAAAGAAAAUCCUUGCCAAACCCGAGUUUUCCAAAAGCUGUCAAAAUUUCCACAAGGAAUGUGUUGACUUUUUGCAAAAGUUUAGCUUACGGUUGGCAGCAACUCAAAAGCGUUAUCUAAACGGACCAAAAGUGACCACAGAAAUCGAGAGAACCACGAUUGGCCAGCUGGAGCAGUUUCUGCUACAAGUGCGGAACAAAUACAGCAAAGCGAUGACCGAACCGGGUACGGCGGUUGGUGCGCUGGCAGCACAAAGCAUCGGUGAGCCUGGUACGCAAAUGACUUUGAAAACUUUUCACUUCGCUGGUGUUGCAUCCAUGAACAUAACACAAGGAGUGCCGCGUAUAGUCGAAAUUAUUAAUGCAACCAAGGCCAUAUCUACGCCAAUCAUAACGGCCGAAAUCGAGAACAACACCAACAUGGAGUUUGCCCGCAAGGUGAAAGCUCGUAUUGAGAAGACAACGUUAGGUGAAAUUUCGUCCUACAUAGAGGAAGUGUAUAAAUCAGACGACUGUUUCCUGUUGAUUAAACUCGAUCUGGAUCGCAUCCGGGUGCUUGGUUUGGAGGUCAACGCUGAGACAAUACGUUACUCCAUUUGCAUGUCGAAGUUAAAAUUAAAACAAGACAAUGUAUCAGUUUAUGGGCCUUCACUGCUCACCAUUCGUCCCGACAGUAGUAAACACAGCCACAGCUUAAACGCUGAACUGCAACGUCUCAUCACAGCGAUACCAAACGUGGUAGUUGCCGGGCUUCCGCUGGUGUCCCGUGCUGUUAUAGCUGUGGAUGAUUCUCGCGGUACCCCAAAGUAUCGCUUGUGUGUAGAAGGUUGUGGGUUGCGUGACGUGAUGGCUACGUUCGGUGUCAUCGGCAAGAAAACCAAAAGCAACAAUAUUUUGGAGGUGUACCAGACUCUCGGUAUCGAAGCUGCUCGUACAACAAUCAUGACAGAAAUCACUGAAGUGAUGGAAGGGCAUGGAAUGAGCGUGGAUCAUCGUCACAUUAUGCUCUUGGCCAGUCAGAUGACGUCGCGGGGUGAAGUGUUAGGCAUAACGCGUCACGGGUUAGCCAAAAUGCGUGAAUCUGUGUUCAACCUGGCUUCGUUUGAAAAAACCGCUGAUCAUUUGUUCGAUGCUGCAUAUUACGGGCAAACAGACUCUGUUGAUGGCGUUUCGGAGCGGAUUAUCCUUGGAAUGCCGGCAUCCAUCGGAACGGGAUUGUUUAAGUUGAUUCACAACCAUUGCGAUACCCAGCUUGAGACCAUACAGGAACCUAUUUUUAAUAUGGUUUAG